AUGGCUUGCACCAGGAGAACAAAAACUUUGGUGUCUACAUGCGUGAUUCUGAGCGGCAUGACCAACAUUGUUUGCCUGCUCUAUGUCGGAUGGGUCACCAACUACAUCGCCAAUAUUUACAUCAAAGUUCCGAUGCCUUUGCCGGAGAGAAAGUUAGAGGGGGACAAGAGAGGCGACACUCUUCGGAUCAUUGAGAGGCUCGAUCGGCUGGAGAAUGUGGUCAACCAGCACAUACAAGAGACUCCAGCGAGGGGAGAUGGCGGUCAGGUGGACACAUCCUUCUCUGACUCUUCGCUGUUCGCUCACUGGGGUCAGGAGCUCAGCCCGGACAACCGGCGGGUGGCAUUGAAGAUGUUCCAGUACUACGGAUAUAACGGAUACCUCAGUGAUCGUCUCUCCUUGGACAGACCGAUACCAGACCUCAGGCCUGACGGGUGCAGAAACCUCACUUAUCCUUUAAACCUCCCCCAAGUGAGCAUUGUGUUUAUUUUUGUCAAUGAAGCGUUUUCCGUCAUCUUGCGGUCGAUUCACUCUGCCAUCAACAGGACGCCAUCCCACCUUCUCAAAGAGAUCAUCCUUGUUGACGACAACAGCAAUAACAAUGAAUUGAAGGAGAAGCUGCACGAUUUUGUAUCCGAGACAAACAGACAGCAUCCAGGAUUCAUCAAGAUGGUACGUCAUGCCAAGCAGGAAGGUCUCAUUCGUUCCAGAGUGAGCGGGUGGAGGGCUGCUACUGCCCCAGUUGUUGCCCUGUUUGAUGCCCACGUCGAGUUCAACGUUGGUUGGGCUGAACCCAUUCUGGAGAGAAUAAAAGAAGACAGAACCCGCAUAAUCUCCCCAUCGUUUGAUAACAUCAAGUACGACACGUUUGAGAUUGAAGAGUACCCACUGUCUGCCCAGGGCUUUGACUGGGAGCUGUGGUGUCGCUACCUCAAUCCACCCAAGUCCUGGUGGCAUAAGGGCAAUAAGAGUGCACCAAUCCAGAGCCCGGCCCUGAUUGGCUGCUUUGUGGUGGAUAGGCUGUACUUUGAAGAGAUUGGUUUGCUGGAUGAGGGGAUGGAGGUGUACGGGGGAGAGAACGUGGAGCUGGGCAUCAGGGUUUGGCAGUGUGGCGGCAGUGUGGAGGUCCUGCCCUGUGCUCGCAUCGCACACAUAGAGCGCGCCCAUAAACCCUACACAGAGGAUCUGACGUCUCACGUGCGGCGAAAUGCCCUAAGGGUCGCGGAAGUGUGGAUGGAUGAGUUUAAAAGCCACGUCUACAUGGCCUGGAAUAUUCCCAUGGAGGACCCGGGCAUCGAUAUUGGCGAUAUCUCUGAGAGGAAGGCUCUGAGGAAGAGGCUGCAGUGUAAAACUUUCCGCUGGUACCUGGUCAACAUCUACCCGGAGAUGAGGAUGUACAGUGACACCGUCGCAUAUGGAGUACUGAAGAACUCUCUGAAGAGUGAUCUGUGUCUGGACCAGGGGCCGGAAAAUGAUAACGUCCCCAUCCUGUAUCUCUGCCACGGGAUGACUCCUCAGAACGUGUACUACACCAGUGCUCAGCAGCUCCACAUCGGCCUCCUCAGUCCAACAGUUGAUGAUGACGACAACAAGUGCCUGGUGGACGUGAACGGCAGGCCGCGCCUCAUAGAGUGCAGCUACGCCACCACCAAACGCAUGAAGCUGCACUGGCUCUUCACUCAGGGAGGAUCCAUUCAGAACAGGAAAUCAAAGAGAUGCCUGGAGCUCGUAGUGAGCAGCGACAAUGAGUUCGGCUACCAACUGGCUCUGCAGAAAUGCACCGGACAGAAGUGGUCCAUCACAAACGUGCUGUUUAGCGGCUCCUUGUGAAAGCCCGCUUGAGGGAACACUGGACUGCAUAGAUGAAGUUGUUUCUUUUGUGUGCACAUUUGUGUGAAAGAAUAAGAAUUGGGAGCCUGACAGAAGAGCGAUAAGUAGUUGAACGCGACUCUUUUGAGCACAGCAAUGUCUUCUUAUGAGCUGAGUUGACAUCACAUCGUAAAUGUUAAACAUUUUGCAUACAGGAGCAGCCAUAGUUGGCAGAUAUUUUGCAGACUUGACAAGGUAGUAUAAGGUACAUUUUGUGGUAAAUACAGCACAGUCAGAUUUUGUUUUGUAAAAGAUGUAAUGGGUCCAAUAUUUUUUUGUACUUUGUUCAUAAUUGCUACUGUGUAGCAAGUUUUCUGAACCUUUUUUUGCUGUAAUUAUUUUUAUUUAGUGUCUCAGGGUUGUAGGUUUAUUAUGCGAUUCAGCUGAACAGGUGGGGAAAUAUUGGAAUAAAUCUGAAAAUGAUUAUUUUAUAUGUGUAAAUAUGUUGGUCAUUUGUUAUAUAUAACAGUAAAAUAAUUGAUGUAAACUACUGAGUGCAAAUGUUAUUUUUCUGUUCAAAUCUUAACAAAAGAUUUUCCCUGCAAAUGGAAUUAAAAUGAUUGGAAUUUA